CAGAGCUUUAUUCUUCGGGAUAAUAGAGGAGAGAAGAAAAGACCACUAAGCUUUCGAUUUCCCUGCACUAAGAGCCUUUGCUGCAGAUAUUUUGGAAGCAGAAAAUGGAGACCGCGUACCUCAAAAAAUGCCUUGGUCAAUGCUUAGCAGAAGGUCUUGCAGAAGUGGCCGAAUGUCGGCCAGCAGACCCAAUAGAGUACUUGGCAUUCUGGAUUUACAAAUACAGGAAAAAUAUGGAUGAAGACUUGCAGAGGAAAUUGGAGAGGGAGGAGCUGGAGCGAGAGCGCGAGGAGGCCCAAAAAGAAGUGGAAAUGUUAGAAAAAAUGAAAGAGGAAGAACUUUUGAUCCAGCAGAAGCUUGAAGAAGAGAGGCAGGCAGAGCUGGAGCGGCUACGUGAAGAGCAGGAGAGGCUAGAGAAAGAGCGAGCAGAAGAGCUUAUCUUAGAACAGAAGCGGAUUGCAGAGAUGGAGGCAAAGGCUGCAGCUGAAAAAGAGACACCAGCAAAGACCUUAGCGGAGUUAACAGAUAAAUACGGUGCUCCCCAUUUGACCCGAGUCGAGGAGAUAGAUGAAAUGGAGCAAUCUGAUCACGCACUGCCAACUAUUGUUGAGUCAGAGGAAGAAGAUGCACCAAUGGAAUAAAGGUUUGUUUCUUUCCUAAUGCCCGUCUGCUGCCCUGGAUGUGGCGAACUUCAGAACUCUCUGGAUGGGUUACACUGAGAAGACGGAUGGUAUAGCGGGCUAAAUUAGACAAUGACUCCUGCCGUUGAAAAGUGGGCUUGUUCUUCUUUAGAAAGAAAAGUAAAUAA